UUUGAAAUUGGUUUCCAAGGAAACACUAUACAAUAACAAUCGGAAAGCAAUCGUUUCAGACUUUUAGUCAAUGUUGUUUAACUUAAAUUUUUUUUAAUUUUUUAGUGUCAAUAUCUUUUAUAAUUACUUAUAUAAUAUGGAUGAGUUGUCGGAAUACUCCUCAGAAAUUCUAGAAUUCAUGCCAACACAACAGAUGGGAAAGAUAUGUAAAAUGGUCGGAGCUUGUGUAAGCACAGACUUUGAGGCAAGUAGUCAGGAUAAAUCUGUGGAAGCCACACUUCGUUUACACACAAGCACACAAACAGAACCCUCUACCUCAUUACAAAGUUAUGUUGAUGAGCAAAGGCUUGCGAUGUGGUUAAGAAAAAUUUAUCCCGCUGUUGAAGCACAACUACUCAAAGGAAUUACUCCUUUAAACAACAUCUGUGAGACCGUUGACCACGCGUUUACCUCUUCCACCGAAAAAUUGAAUACUCAAAUAUAUCAGAAGAUCACUGUCGGAGGCAUAGAAAAUUCUCAAGGCAUCGCAGCAUGGUUAUCUGUACAUACAAAUAAUGCACCCAUGCUAGUAGUAAGCACCAGAUCCCCACAUGACAGCUGGUGUGAUCAUUUACAACAAACUCUAAAGCUGUUGGUACCCAACCGAAUGCAAACUGCCAACCUAGUUGUUUAUACUGUAGUCAAAAGUCUGCCGCUUAAGGCAUGUCUUGGUUGCCUUAGUACGAAUACAUACAACAAGAGCAUAUUUGCUGGCUCCACCAUGGACGGUGACAUACAUAUAUGGGGAUGUCUAUCAAGUAAUCGAGUUGGAGAUAAUAAAUCUAGCAUAACUUUGGCUAAUACGAAUGAAAUUGACGAACUCUGCUGUUCAGCAUCUCCUCACGCUUGUGCUGUAGCUUUGUGCUGGUCAAGUGAAAAUCGUCUGCUUAGUUUCCAUUCUAAUGGUUUUAUCAUUAGCUGGGUUGUGGGCAAAGAAUUGAUUUUGGAAAAUGAUUUCCAACUAAAAGUGCAAGUCAGUGAGAUUACAGCAGCUAUUUGUUUAACUGCGAAUACUUUCGUGGUAGGCGUCAAGGAUGGUUCCCUAUUUUUGUGUACUAUAACCAGCUUCGGUACAAUGCGAAAACAGAUGGAAGUAGUGCCAUUGAAAAAGCAUUCAUUUAUGAUUACAACAUUAAUCAAAACCGUGUUCAAUAAUUGCCCAUCGGUUUUAAGUUGCGAUUUAAGCGGACAAGUCCUUUGUCACAGCAUAUCACAUCCAGAGGAGGAAAGUCGGAUCUUACGCAUACCGUUGCCUUUUAAAAAUGCCAUUGCCUGUUCUAAGGAUGGACAUGUUAUAUAUUCUCCCGGGAUUGAUGGCUCUUUAGAAUGUUAUAACAUAGUCAGUGGAGCUCAUUCUAUUGUUAAAGGGACUUUACGUGGCAAGGGGAAUUUCAUCGCCUGUAGUGAAAAUGGGAACUGGAUAAUCACUGGACUUUACGCAGACGACUUUCAAAUAUUUUACAUAGACCAUUAGAUGGUGCAUAUGAAGAAUUCACAA